AGGAAAUUCUGCUAUAGUGCUUGCUGCUGUUGCGGUUGUAGAGCACGUUGUGGGAAACAUCGGAGGGCGCUCCUAGUGUAGACGUUGAAGUGCGAUCGAAAUCUUUAAACAUUUACUAAUUGUUUUCCCCUUCUGUCUAUUCUGCACAACGAUGGAGCAAAGUCGAUUAGCGGAGAUCUGCCGCGCUACGAUUGAUCCGGUUAAGCGCGAGGCUGCUGAAAAGGAGCUCGAAACUGUGAAAAAGAUUAUUGGCUUCGCGCCGUCACUCCUAUCGAUGAUUAUGAAUGGAGCAAUCGAUGUGCCUACGCGUCAAGCUGGUGCUGUAUUUCUAAAAAAUCUAAUUGUGUCAAGUUGGGCAGAUCCUCCCGAGCCAGAUUCUCCAGGACUGCCUCUAGAAUUCUCACUUCACGAGCAAGAUCGCGCCAUGCUUAGAGACAGCAUCGUAGAUGCUGUUAUUCAGAGCCCGCCCCAAAUAAGAGCGCAAAUGGCAGUAUGUUUAAUCCAGGUUAUUAAGCAUGACUUCCCACAGCGGUGGGUAGGUAUCGUCGAUAAGGUAGUCGUCUACCUUCAGACACCUAACAACAACGAGUCCUGGUUCGGUACCUUAUUAGCCCUCUAUCAGCUGGUUAAGAAUUACGAGUACAAAGCCAAGGAAGAUCGAGCUCCGCUUCUAGAAGCUAUGAAGCUGAUUCUGCCCAUGCUGCAGGAUUUAACAAUGAAAACUUUGCCUGAUGAGAGCGAGCCUGCUGUCCUAGUGCAGAAACAAUGCUUGAAAGUGUUCUACGCUCUCGUUCAAUAUAGCCUGCCUCUUGAACUACUCAGUCAAGAGAUGUUUGGACAAUGGAUGGAGAUUUGUCGGGUUAUUAUUCAACAACCCGUACCAGCUUCUACCCUUGAAGUUAGUGAAGAGGAGAGGCCUGGACUGGUUCACUGGAAGUGCAAAAAGUGGGCUUUGCACAUUGUCACCCGUUGUUGUGAACGCUACGGACUGCCAAAUUCUGUUGCCAAAGAAUACAAGCAGUUCGCUGAAUUCUAUAUCAAGGCAUUUGCACAGGGCAUUAUAGCCACAUUGUUUCAAUCAGUGUUGGAUCCGUAUCGACAAGGACAAUAUGUGUCAUAUCGAGUUCUUCAGGAAUCGCUUCAAUAUCUUGUGCACACAGUUGGACAGGCUCUCUGCUGGAAAUUCAUAAAGCCACACAUCAAUGUGAUUAUACAGGAAGUUAUCUUCAAAAUAUUGUGUUUUAACGACGAAGAUGAAGAAAUGUGGCAGAGUGAUCCUACGGAGUACAUAAGGGUAAAAUUCGAUCUGUUCGCAGAGUACCAGUCGCCGGUAACUGCUGCCCAGAACCUACUCGAUACCGUUUGUAAAAAGCGCAAAAACGUAUUACAGAAAACAAUGGAGUGGGUAACAGGUCUGAUCAAUUCUGGGACUUUAACGCCUCGUCAACAGGACGGUGCCUUCAAUAUGGUAGGAGCAGUAUCUUCAACGCUUCUUCGCAAAAAGCCUUACAAAACACAAUUGGAGAACAUGCUCUGCUCUUACGUGUCACCGCUAUUCCAAAGCAAGGAAGGUUAUCUUAGAGCUCGCGGCUGCUGGUUGCUUCAGCAAUUUAGCGAAGCAAAAUUUACACGCCAAGAGAAUCUAAUUGGAUGCCUUGAACUCUUGCGAACAGCGAUUAUGAAUCCCCAGGAGGAAGUUCCUGUUAAAGUGCAAGCAGCUGUUGCCAUUCAAGAUCUCAUGUCUGACCAGGACGAGAGUGAGUACGUCAAAAAUUAUUUGGAACCUCAUAUUCGUGACCUUACACUCUGUUUGCUCGACUUGAUACGCUCAACGGAGAUUGACGAGGUGACUUCCUGUGUGCAGCGCAUCGUGUGCAACUACUCUGUGCAGUUAAUGCCAGUUGCAAUUGAUAUAACUAACCAUUUGGCACAGAGCUUCACCACAAUGCUUGCCCAGACACAAGACGAUGGAGAUGACAAUGAUUCGAGAGCUGUUGCAGCCAUGGGUAUCUUGAGCACCUUGGAAACAAUUUUGGCAGUUUGGGAUGAUUGCAAGGAGGUAAUAGCCCAACUAGAGCCAAUUGUUCUCCAGAUUGUGUCUGGGAUUUUGACGCAAGGUGUCAGCGAAUUCUACGAAGAGGCAUUUUCUCUUGUCUACUCGUUGUGCUGCGACCGAGUCUCGGCAAACAUGUGGCACAUCUUUAGUAUCAUGUACGAGGCUUUUGAAAGAGAUGCGAACGAGUUCUUUAUAGAUAUGAUGCCAGUUCUUCACGCACUCAUAACGGUUGAUACACCGGCCUUUCUCAGUAACGAGAACCAUGUUAUGGCAAUGUACAACAUGGCCAAGUACAUUUUUGACAAGGCUGGAGAUGAGGAUCCGAUGUGCCAUGCUGCCAAGCUUCUUGAAGUUAUGAUUCUACACUGCGGUAAUAGUAUCGAGAAAUGCAUUCCAGCUUUCCUCGAAAUCUGCCUACAGCGUUUGUUCAAGAAAGUCGAGUCAGCCGAGUUACGUCAAAUGUUACUACAGGUCCUGAUUUCGGCAAUGUAUAUCAACCGACCGUUGACGCUAUCUACAUUAGAGCGACACACGACACCGCCGCUAAAAGAAACUAAUAAUCAGGCUAUUCCAGUACUAGACUUCUUUGUUAAACAAUGGAUUGAGGAUGUGGAUUGCUUCCUAGGCGUGCAUGAUCGAAAAGUGUGCGUUCUUGGAAUGUGCUGCCUAAUGGAUCCUGGAUGGUCGGGCAAACCUGCCGCCCUUGAACAGGUCCUACCUAAAAUCAUGCCCUCGUUCCUUAUACUAUUUGAUGGUCUGAAACGCGCCUACGCGUAUCGGGCCACUCUGGAAGAAGAGCAAAGCGGUGAUGAGGAAGGUGAAGAAGGAAGUGACAUUGACGACAGGCAGCUUAGCUCAGAUGAGGAUGAUCUAGACGAUGAAGGCCGAGCUUACAUGGAACAGCUUGCGGGCAGGAUGAGAGUAGCUGGCUAUUCGACCCUUCAUAGUGGAGGCGGAGAUCGCGACGGUGACGCAGACGACGAAGAGACAAUCGAUGACGAAGAGCAAACGGCACUUGAAUGUCAAUACUCUACUCCUUUGGAUACAGAAGAGGGGAAACAGGGCUACGUGGACGAGUUUGCUGUAUUUAAAGGGCUGCUUGAGGCCUUACAAAGUUUGUCUCCCGCAAUCUAUAACCAGAUGAUAAACCUACUAAAUGAUGAGCAAAAGAACCAGUUGCAUAGCAUAUUUGUAUAUGCCAAUCAAAGAAGAGCAGCCGCCGAGUCGGCUCAAAUUGAGAGGCAGGGAGGGUACCAGUUUAGUUCGAAUGAAGUUCCGCAAUCUUUUAACUUUGGCGCUAGGAAUGGAACGUUUGCUCCCCAACAACAGUGAGGAGUUUAGAGGUGACAAUGCGAUGUUAGUUAUAGUAGCGUAUAAACUAUUCGUAAUGUAACAACGGGAGCUGUUUGACUAGCUAGCAUUUCAAAGAUCUAUGAAUCUGACUAACUAAUUGUACAAUAGAUCUUUGGGCCACAAGAAAUUCCUGAGGCUUUGUAGGAUCAUUUAUAUGGCCAUAGAGGAAGGCGCAAAAUGCGAAACAAUCCUCUAUAGACCUUUGCAGAUGACGAAACAGAUUGUUGUCUCACUAUUAAGGAUCGCAAGGUUGCUUUCCCGUGAAAAUGUCGCUGAGUCCGUAAUGAAUUUGCAAAAAUAUUAUGAGACGUUGAAUGUACAUAAAAGCGCUCCUUUGAAGAUCAACCACCUUUAAUAUGAAUAGCAUAAAAGAACUUGUGUUGGAUCAUCUACAUUUACAAUUCUGGAAGGUCCGUAAUUAUACGAUGAAAAACAGCGAUAAAUAGUGAGGAGAUGUUGGCCUGAAGGUUUGACUGUAAAACGGUUUUGUUAUAUCGUUGAAAUAAAGGUAUAUUCAAUUAUUACCUA